AUGGACCCAUCAACGCCAUAUUGCCGCGAGCUGGCCUCGCCUAACGCCUUCCAGACCGUGUUAUCAGUCUUAAUCGUCAUCGGCAUCCUCCUUUCGUAUCUCCCCCAACACAUCCGCAUCAUCGCCCGCCGAAGCUCCUUCGGGAUAUCGCCCUAUUUCGUGCUGCUAGGGGUAACAUCCGGCACCUCAGCCUUUGCCAAUAUCCUAGUAUUCCCAUCUACCGCCCAAGAUGUCGCCUGCUGUGAGGAGGUCAGUGGCCUGGCGUGUUUCGCAGGGCUGCUUGGCGUCUUCCAAGUGGGCACGCAGUGGCUCUGCUUCUUCUCGAUUCUGCUCCUUUUCGUGAUCUACUUUCCACGAGCAACAUCCCCAACGGAUCCAGUAAGCGCCGUAUCCUCCACGCCCAACGGACCGACCUACCGCACCGCGCUCGUCGUAACAGGGCUUUGCCUACUACACGCACUCGCAACGAUAAUAAUCUCUGUUGCUUUCAAUAUUCGCCAACCAGCCGCUUUGCCAGCCUGGGCGAACUUCCUUGGUGUCUUGUCUGCCGUGCUCGCGUCUAUACAGUACUUCCCGCAGAUAUAUACUACAUUCCGGCUGCGCUGUGUGGGGAGUUUGAGUAUUCCAAUGAUGUGCAUUCAGACGCCUGGAAGUCUUGUCUGGGCGAGUAGCUUGGCUGCGCGCAAGGGAUGGGCCGGUUGGAGUAUUUGGGGGGUUUUGGUUGUCACGGCUUGCUUGCAGGGUACUUUGCUGGUGAUGGCGAUUUACUUUGAGUACUUUGGGUCCAAUGACAAGGGAGAAGCGGGACACCAUGUUGAUCAGAAUGGAGGAUUGAAUGGGCCUGUUCGUGCUGAUGAGCGAGCCGAACAUGAGCCUUUCGAGCGUCCGUCUGAGGAGACGCCAUUGCUUCAGAGUCAGUGA